UCCUUGGUUACCUAUGGUUAACUUGCAACAAAGCUUCCUUACACGAAUUCUUGGCGCCCUUUUCAGAAACCCCCUCAUCAAAAAUUUACCUGCACGCAAACGUGUUCCUGAGAUGGCAGGCAAGGACUGCCCUUUAGUAUGGAUUGACUGCGAGAUGACGGGUCUCAACCCAGACUCGGAGGAGAUCAUUGAAAUCUUCUGCCUCGUCACAGAUGGUGACCUGAACCUCAAGGACGAAGAAGGCUGGGGAACGGUGGUGCACCAGACUCAGGAACGCAUGGACAAGAUGGACGAGUGGUGCACCAAGCAGCACGGCGGCAGCGGGCUCACGGCGAGGGUUGUGGGCUCCACCACGACUCCCGAGGAGGCCGCCGACGGCCUGCUGGCCUACAUCAAGAAGCACGUACCAAACGCCGGGGUGGCGCUCCUGGCGGGCAGCAGCGUCCACCACGACCGGGCGUUCCUGCGACGGGCGCCGUAUAACCGCGUGACGGACCAUCUGCACUACAGGAUCCUCGACGUCAGCUCCAUCAAGGAGGCGGCCAAGAGGUGGGCGCCAAAAGUCGCCAAGAAGGUACCGAACAAGAAGGGAACGCAUCUCGCCAGAGAUGACAUUUUGGAGAGCAUCGAGGAGGCGAGGUAUUACCGGGAGGGGUUGUUUGCAAAGGCCUUGCAGGUGGACGAGUUGGAGAAGAAAAUUGCAGAGUAUGAAAAGAGAUUGGCAAAGGAAUCCAAGAAAAAUGCAAAGAAGGCUGCAGCCGCUGCAGAAAAAGAAUGAAAACUAGCCGAAAAAAAAAGUAAAUAAAAUGCAGCCAGAGUGAGUUGUGCAAAGAAAGCAUCCGACAUCGGAGGGGAAAAAAAGUUGCAAAACAAUCUGCCGGGUUGCAGACCCUGAGAACUGUUAAAAGAAUCUCUUUGAGUGUAUAACGCCACUUCCUUGGUCUUUCUCAAUCUAGAUCUAGUUCUAGUACAUCAAAGUGGUG